AUGCGUGUAUUAAUCGUCAAUGCCUACCCGGUCUCAAGCAAGAGUGGUCGCGAGCAUUUCAACCGAUUUCGUCGUCACGUUACUUGUGUGGUGAGAGACUUGCAAAAUACGGAAGUGACACAAGUUGAAAUCGUCGAGAAACACCGCAGCAACCUUGAUUCUUUCUUGUUUGAAGCUCAAUCAGAAUUUGCCGAUCCAGACAAUAUCACGAACUUUGACCAGCUUGAUUUUGUAUUUGUUGAUGGUGACGCAAACUGCAGUCCUUGGGGUCCAAGCAUGCGGAAGCUAUUAAUUCUGACUAAAAUGUGUAUGAUGACGGGAAAAUGUUUUUUUGGAAGUGGAAUUGGUGCAUCGCUUCUGGCAUUCAUAUGCGCCACUGGAGGUAAACAUUUGCAAAUAUUAAAUAAUGACGGAACAAAGAGCAUGCUUGAGAGGCUACAGGGAAUUCGCAUCCCUUCCCAAGAAUCGAAACGGGUCGGAUCUGUAUCUAAUUGCGAUCAAGCGACUCCUGUCCUACUUGACAUUAACAGCGGAGAUUUUUUUGUGUACGUCGAGCGCGAGCUUGUGUGGGCUCCAAAGGGUAAUACUGGUCUAGUCCUGCACUCAAGUGACAAUGAACAUUGCUACGGGGCCCGUCUUAACUUUGCUCGCGCUGGAAGUAAGGAAAAAAAUGCUGCCAAGAUCAGUGAGCCCCUCUAUCUUGCGAAACAAGGAGAAGUUAGGUGCUGUCUUCGCCUAGAAGUGGCGAAUCAGCACCCCAUCAUUAUGAUGACGUUUCCGCGACUUCGAGAAUUAAUUCUUCUGUGUAAAAGCAAGUGGGACGUAGAUCAGAAGAUUGCGACAACCAGUGACAAUAAGUAUCGUGUGCUUAUAGAUAGCAGCCGCGGACCUAUGUUGUUGGAAUUCGGGCAUUGUUUCGGCUCACAUUUUGUAAUGGAUGAUGAAUACCAAAAAAGUGUAGACUUGUUGCGCAAUUUUACAAAGCACAAUUAUAAGCAGAACUUCACGAUUUAUUUCUCCGGCUCAGAAUAA